UCUGUUUGAAAGCCUUCAGAAAAGCAAGUUAGUCACUGAUGAUUCGUGACUAAGUUGACCCUUGAUCUCGAUCUUUUUUAGCUUUGACGAUGACACUCAACUCCAACCGACGACCCGUUGACCCGUUGUUACCUACCGUACUUGUUGCCAAUUACAGAGACCUCGAGACGACCGCUACGCAACUGGCUUCGAUCGACGGCAGCUUCCAGCAACCAAGGAAUAGCAGCGCAGCAAAUUUUGGCAAAAGAGCACGACAGACCUACAGUAUCUACUAUACCGUAAAGAGACAACAACACCAUGGCACCUAGUAGUAGCAAAGACAGCAGCAGCGACUCGCACUCGGGUCAUCCCCAAGUCUCCGAUCCAGCGUUAGAGUUUCUGAUUGCCGAAAUUGUGCGCUACGCCGAACUCUCCUGUCCUCCCGAAGGACCCGACGAAGAGCACUCGAUCAUUGCCUGUGAAAUGGCCGCCGCCAAAUUGGAACGCAUCGGAUACAGCGUCGGAUAUCGUCUCUGCGAACGAUUGGCACAAACCAAAACAUUUGGAACGACCGCCGGUGCUUCGGGAAAUUCCGCCAAGAAGGAUCCCGCCGCCGCCGUGGCAGCGUCGCAAUUGGAAGCCGUCAAAUUCUUGUGCAAAGAAUUCUGGAUUGAAGUCUUUCGAAAGCAAAUUGACAAACUACAGACCAAUCAUCGUGGUGUUUUUGUCUUGAAAGAUUCCGAGUUACGAUGGUUGACACGCUUCCCCAACAAUCAAGAGAAUGCCCGGGUUACCGCCAUUCAGUUGCUCGCCUUUCCGUGUGGAAUGCUGCGGGGGGCAUUGGCCAAUUUGGGGAUUCCUUCCGUCGUUUCCUGUGAUUUCUUGACGGAUCAACAAAAUAUGGCGUCCUGUUCGUUCAAUGUCAAAAUCAAAUAAGUACAGUACAGUUCUAUAGGACGAUACCAUGCCUAUAAGGAAACAUCCGUGCCGUACCGGUACACACAACAUGGAAGAAGCAAGCUGCCCAGCAAACAAAACUGUGGAAGCCACGUUAUUUCUUGAAUAAUUAAUCACACUGCAGAGGGAAUGUGCAAUCAACUGGCUACACGUACAGGCAAUUUGUAAUCAAUAAAACAACAAACCCUACUUGGAUAUUCGCUGCUUGGCAU